GAAGGGAAUCGUUUAUCUCAAUUCAGUAAAUAAGUUAAAGGGAGACAACUAUAUUUUUACCUCAUUGGUUAUCUCAUCUUGUUUUCAAGAUGUCAGCCGCCAUGUCAUCUAUCUUUCACAACAGUAAUAAUAUAAGUAAAUUUAUAUUGUUUUAUGAAGAAAAAUAAACAGACAUCCAUAUAGAAAUGAAUCUCAAAGCUGACUUUGCAAUUAUUGGAGGGGGUAUUGGUGGUGUAACAUGUGCUGAAACAUUAUCUUAUUUGAGUCCAGAUACCAAUAUAGUAUUAAUCACAGCUAGUUCUCUGAUAAAAACUGUAACAAACUUAGUACAGGUAUCAGAAAGAAUUGAGAGUUUUGAUGUGGAAGAAAAGCCAAAGUCAUAUUUAGAAAGUACGCUUCCUAAUGUCCAAGUUAUACAUGCAGUUGUGGCUAUACUAGAUUCUGAAAAUCAUAUAUUAAAAACAUCUGAUGGAACUAGUGUAGGAUAUAAGAAAGUGUGCAUAUGUACUGGUGGUAGACCUAAAGUAAGUGGAAAUGUGUUUAGGACCUACCAGACAUGUAUUCAUUGGUUCUUGGUAAUUGUUGAAGAUAAUCCCUUUGUUCUAGGUAUUAGAGAUACAGAGAGUGUACAGGAAUUUCAGAAAAAGUUAAAAAAUGCUAGAAGAAUAAUCGUUAUAGGAAAUGGAGGGAUAGCUACUGAAUUAGUAUAUGAAGUUGAAGGGUGUGAAGUAAUAUGGGCUAUAAAAGAUAAAUCAAUAUCUAGUGCAUUUGUUGAUGCUGGAGCUGCUCAGUUCUUUCUACCAUGUGUAAAUAAAGAAAAAACAGAAACAAAAAAAACAUUAAAACGUCACAAGUAUACUGAAGAAGAUGAUGUCAGCAGACCCAAAAAUGUGACUGGAGGAGCUCUUGGUCCUGAUUGGUCAGUUAAUUGUGAUAUGGUAGGAAAUCAGCAGGGAUCACAUAAAGUUCAUAUAGAAUAUAGUGUAGAAAUGGUAAAUAUAUUUAAAUUAGACGAAAUAAAAACUAAUGGUAAAAAAAUUGAAAAUCCAUCCAUAUUUGAACAAAUUACAGAUGAUUGGCCAGUAUGUGUAGAACUAACCAAUGGUAAAAUAUAUGGUGCUGAUUUUAUUGUCAGUGCUACAGGUGUUGUUCCAAAUAGUCAUCAAUUCUCAGGAAAUAAUAAUUUUGAGAUAGGUGAAGAUGGAGGAAUAAAAGUGAAUGAUAAAAUGGAGACUAAUGUUAAAGAUGUAUUUGCUGCUGGUGAUAUAUGUACAGCUAGUUGGAUACCAGCACCACAUUGGAUACAGAUGAGGUUAUGGUCUCAAGCAAGACAGAUGGGGUGUUAUGCAGCCAAGGCAAUGGUGGCAUCAUUAUCCAAUGAAGAUGUCACAUUAGAUUUUUGUUUUGAAUUGUUUACUCAUAUGACUAAAUUUUUUAACUACAAGGUGAUAUUAUUAGGUAAAUUUAAUGGACAAGGUUUAGGCGAAGGUCAAGAAAUAUUAUUACGUUUUACAGAAGGUGUAGAAUAUGUAAAAGCAAUUAUACAAGAUGGACAUUUACAAGGUGCUGUUCUUAUUGGUGAAACAGAUCUAGAAGAGACAUUUGAAAAUUUAAUUUUAAAUAAAAUAGAUCUUACUUCAUUCAAAGAACAUCUUUUAGAUCCAAAUAUAGACAUAGAAGAUUUCUUUGACUGAAAAAUAUCAAUAAUAUCAUUUAUUUCUUGACAUGUAAAUAAAAAUCAUUUUUUUUAAAAACAAAACAUCAAAUACAUCUUGUCUGUAGUUUUUAUUUUGUGAUAAUAAACUGUAAUUUAAAUGUAUAUAAAGCCAGGUUGAAUGAACUGAAAAGACAGCUUAAUUGAUUGGCUAGUUAGGACUAGCCAUAUAUAGAGAUCACAAUUUCAUGGGUAGCAUGAUUUACACAAAAUGCACCCAAAUCAAUCAUUAUUUCAACUUAAAAAAGACAAUAAUUUUUUAUCGAUAUUUGAUAAUAUACCGUUCUUUAUUCUAAAUUGUCAUUUUUAAUUUACAAUCGUAGCGUUUUUGUGUCAAAAAAGCCCCUCAGAAUGCGAUUCUCAAGCAAGUUUAGAAGUUGUAACCAUGGGACAUAACUUUUGUAUUGCACGAAAUCGCUUGCUUAGAAAUAUCACUUUGGGGGGCAUUUGUGAAACAAAGACAUUACGAAUUUUAAAUUAAAAUGCCAAUUUGGCAUAAAGAACAGUAUAUUAUCAAAUAUAGAUAUAAAUUAUUAUUAUACAUGUUGAAAUAAUGGCAUGUUUGGGUAAAUCAUUCUACUGCAAUUUCAUAUCAGAAACUGCAUGGUAUUAGAGCAUAAUGUAGGUCUAUAUGAAGUAGCACAGAUUGAAAAUGUCUGAAUACAGUUUCAGUCAAAUAUAUACAAUUUUCCUUUAGUUCUAUGUCCUCAUCACUUGGGCUCAUUUU